GGUAGCGAGAACCGUUGUGCCGCUUUGGAGACCGGUGGCGGCGGGCGCGGUGCGCUGGUGGCGGUGGCGCGCCUCACAGAUCUCGAUCGGUGCUGCGGCAGCCACUCCGUCACAUCGAUCCUCACUUGCUUGGCCCGCCGGGUACGAGUACACUGGACCGCAAGGCGUUCGCAUGUAUGUGUGGCCCCGCUGGGCUAUGUAUCCAGUCGACGGACACUCUCGCUAUAGAUCGCAGCCUAGAAGCGGCCACGAAAAAAACUCGCUGCUACGUCUCUACUGGUACCGAUCCCAGCAUCAGCAAACCACUCGAACCUUCACUCGCAGCCUCCUCACGAUCCACAGCGCCCAAGAACACCCGUUCAUCCCCCGUGAGAAGCCGCGCCGACGAGCAGGUGGUGGGCGCUGUGUCUCGCUCCAGCCCGGGCUCUUCUCGCAGUGCUCCUGACGACGGUGCUCGUCAGCCAGUGAUAGAUUGCACGGACGCAGAACGGGUGCGCCGUCCGAGCUGCAGUCUGCGCGCGCCGCGGCGAAGAGCGGUUCGUUCCAGAUCCCUGCCAGGGGAGCCGUCUCGUCUGUGGAGGAUCGGCACCGCCGGACUGGCCCGUGGCGCGCAGGGCGGUGCGACGGCAGGCCCCCACACAAGUCAAGUCGCGCUGAACACACGCAUCCUAAGUCCUACCUCCCAACCUACCAGAUCCCGCAUCGCAAAUCCCCAGCCCGCAAGCGCUCCUCCCCCUCCAGGUUCUCCCGCUACACCGUCUCGUCUCGCCCAUUUCGGAUUCUGGACCUCGCCGUCCGGACUUCUACCUGGAAACACGCGCGCAGCCCGGUCCCCAGUGGAAACCGCGCGUCGUCUCAAUCGCGGCCGAGGGAGGACGCUCUGAAGCCGCAAAUAUGGCUGAAGCUAAACGUUGAGGGGUGGCAGCGGGCGCUGCUGAUCCGCGCCGCAGCCACCGCCUGGCCGAUGCGUUCGGAGAACGCACCCCUUCUGUGUCUGUGUGUCUGUGUCUCUGUCUAUUUGUGUAUCCGCGUCCGUGCGAUAGUCGGUGGGGGGUCCGGGCGGGAUGGACUCGGACUCAGGAGCGCGGCGGGCCGGGCGAGGGUGAGGGGGGUGAGGGUUCGACGCAGCGAGCUAAGUAGUAGUAGGAGGGGUGGACUUGAAUGGGCA